CAUCAUAAAAGCAAUAAGCAACAACAAGAUUCUUCUUAAUAAUAUCUACUACUAGUCCAUCUUCCUUUCACUCUCACAUCUUUUAACUCUCCAAUCCAAUUCCAGGUAUCUUGUUGAAGCAAUAUGGAAUGAAUGAGUGAUAAUGGCCGCAGCUGAAGCAAGAGCAGCAUGGCAACGAGCUGCAAACCGUUGUUUUGUUCAAGAAGAUGCAAAAAGAGCUCCCAAAUUAGCAUGUGUUCCUUCAUUGUCUAAACAAGUCGAAACAAGGCCUCCUACUAAUGGCAUUGACGAUUUUGCCCCUCCCACGUCCAAUUCAUUGUACUCAAACCUCUCGCCUGAUUCUAGAUGGUGGCUACAUUUGCAGCCUAACUAUAUACACCAACAAGGAUUGGCUAAUGAACAUGUCAACACUUUGGAGGACGGAAACUCUCAUCAAUUUGUCGACAUUAUGGAUUCUCAGUCUGUUAAGGUUGAGAAUAUAGGAGAAGAAUCCUAUGAGUUUGUGGAAAUGGAUUCUGUUUAUAAAGAGCUGGAUGAGUUCAGUUUGGACUCGGAGUUUCCUCAUUGGAUGGAGAUUGAGAAGAGCCACGAGCUGCCAUGGUGGCGAAUGACCGAUAGAGAUGACCUGGCAUCCUAUGUGGCGCAGAAAUCACAUGAUUUCAUUGAGAAUUGUGAUCUUCCUUCACCUCAACACUCAAGUCUAAAGAGGGACCCAGAUGCCGAGGGUCAAUGCCUACCUAAAAAAGAUGAAAACUUUACAUCAUUCGGGAUGUCAAAGCCGCAAAAACGCCAAUGUCAAGCAACUGUUCAUGGUAGUCAGAAUAGCAGUUCAUGGCCAGUCAGCCCUUUAAGCACACAGAGCAGUGGGAACACGGUUCCUGAAGGUUCAAAAGAAACUACUUCUCCUGAGAUGGAUCAAAGCAAGCGCAAGUUAUUAGAAGCUCUCCGACAUUCUCAAACACGAGCACGAGAAGCAGAAGCAGCAGCAAAACAAGCAUAUGCAGAAAAAGAACAUGUUGUGAAGCUCAUCUUCAAACAAGCAUCUCAAUUGUUUGCCUACAAGCAAUGGCUCUAUCUUCUACAGCUCGAAAAUCUUUAUAACCAAAUUAAAACCAGCAGGAUCACCCCAGCCUUUCCCACUUCUCCAUGGCACGUGUCCCGAAACAAAACACGCAGGGGCUUUCCUUCCAAGAAAAAAUUACGUGCAAAACGAUGUAGCGGUGCUCCUAGUAACAAACAUGAUGUAGGUAAGUAUGCCGUGGCUUUGGCUGUUGGAUUAGGACUUGUUGGUGCAGGUUUGUUUCUUGGGUGGACUGUGGGCUGGAUGUUCAUCUAGUAUUCAUAGAAUUGGGUAAUUGUAACACCUAAUGUGCUGAUGUACAUAGUAGUUGUAUUUGUCAUGUCAGCUCGCAGUAUAUAGUUUUGGUCUGUAUAUAGUUUUGUAACGAGUUUGCAAUUAAACUUAUGUGGUCAUUAUGUGUGACAUCUUAAAUGCUGAAAAUCAUAGAAUGGAACUAUUUUUUCAUGUAGCAA